AUGCCUACCGUAGAAGUCUUCAUCACCUUGCUCUUCUUCUCCUUCUUCGUCUUCCUCCUUCCUAAUCAGAUAUCAGCAAGCACUACUAACUGUCGUAAAUCAAAAUGUAUGAGAAACGAACCACCCGUGCAUUUCCCGUUUCGGCUAGGAGACCGCCAAGCCACAUAUUGUGGUUAUGGUCAGGGCUUCAAUCUCUCAUGCAGCUUGGAACAACGAACCAUCCUCAGCCUCUCGUAUUCAGGUGACUUCAUUGUGCGGGGCAUCGACUACGAUGACCAGCUCGUGUGGAUCGACGACCCCGAAAACUGCUUCCCUAAGCGGCUGCUCGACGGUGACUUUAGUCUUAUGGACUCUCCCUUCACGUACUUGUACGGCCUUGAAAACUUUACCUUCCUCAAUUGCUCCUCGCAAGCAGAAAUUCGGUCUUCACCCAUACCUUGCCUCAGUGAUCAGUACUAUGGUGUCCUUGUUGUUCCUUCCAGCUGGUUCUAUGGUGAUCCCAAUUCAACAUCAACGACAUCAUCACUUUCUCCGGCAUCGCUGUCACCUCUUUGCUCUGUGAUUUCCACAGCCUUGGUUCCAAGGUCAAGUCCAGCUGACCCGUGGGAUAUUAACAUCGGAGUUCCGCUGGCGUGGGACAUGCCUGAAUGUCGUUCUUGUCAAGGAAGCAGUUGUGGAUUCGAGAAUUCCACAAGUUCGCAAAUUGUGUGCACUGGUUCAGGUAUGUCAAACGCUCUAAGGUAUGCAAUCGUGAUAGGCUGUGCAGUACCAGCGCUAGUGUGCAUCAUCGGGGUCAUAAUUUGUGCUUACAAGAUGAAUGCUUCUAAUAAUCAAGCUCGCCAACCGGCCGUAACAGAAUUAUCAACCGUAGUAAGCCAACAACUUCCGAAUGCAACCGCCGUCGGCCCUCCUACUGCAGUUAGAAUGGGACUGGAUGGUGAGACAAUUGAAUCAUAUCCCAAGACUCAACUAGGUGAGAGUUUGGAGUUACCCAACCCUAAUGACAAAACUUGUUCGAUAUGUUUGUGUGAGUACCAACAUAGAGAAAUAAUAAGGACUAUACCUCAAUGCAAGCAUUAUUUUCAUGCUAAUUGCAUAGACGAGUGGUUCAAAAAGGAUGUAACUUGCCCCCUCUGCCGAGAUCUGCCCAAUUAUGAAGCGCUUGCAUUGCCUAGACCGCCCUUGCAUGAUACGAGUGCUCUACCAAGUAACGGAUCACUUGAUUUGCCUAGACCCGUCUUGCAAAAUACUGCUAAUUUUCUGUAUCUCGAUCAUAUGUAUUUGAUGUAG